GUUAAUGGCGCGAUCCUCUUUUUCCGGCUUCAUCUCCGUUCUUCAGCGAAAUCUCCUCUCCUGGACUGGCUCUGCCAGCUGUCUUGGGCUGAGGUAGACCGAGCCUCACAUUAUGGGCCGGCCCAUGUUCAAGUAUUUUCUAUGCGCCUGACCUGGAGUCUUCUAAAUGAUUCCUUUGGGCCGCCCGCUGGAUAUCGGCCCUUCAAAAGCCCCCCAACUCCUCAUUCCUCAACUGGGCCACGUUGAGGGAUGGGGAGUUUAUGAGGUCCACGUGGGCGUUCCGGCAUAGAUUCGGGCCGUUCCUUGGGUUUCGCGUGAGGUUUGGCACGAUCUCCACUAAAAGGUAAUCAUGGCAUGCUGCUUCGCCUUACUACUGCCUGUUAAAACCGCCGCUGGACGUCAAUCUUCCCCAUUUGCCUUCUCAACUGCUUCUUCGUUUGCACUUCCGCCGUUACCCGACCCGUUUUCCUUCUGCUCUAGGUCAGUUCCCUUUUUCACCACCAUGAUUUUCUCUGAUUCUGAUUCGGCUUCCCCGUCGUCCAAUUCUCGCCAAGCUGAUCAAUCGGCCUCUGGCCGUGACCCAGAUCAGACCCAAUCGUCUCAGCCCUCCCUCGACCCGAGCACGGGGGGCCCGAGGGUUAAGAUGGAUGAGAAUAUCAUGGCGUUGUGCCAUUGCCAAAUCACUGACCGGGGGUUCGCCAACGCCACUGACAUGGUCGGACCCUCUAUCGAGUUGGUCCCCAAUUCUCACCGGUACAUCGCCGGGUACCUGGUCAGAUGCAAGGCAGUAGGGGUGAAGCCUACCCUUGACCAUUUCCUGUUUACCUUUAAGCUGACCAAGGGUCAUGGGGAUUGGGCGUCCUAUGCCAGUCUUUCCCAAAGGUCCAGCAAACUAUUUACCAGCGACAAGAAGGGGUCGACCAAAGACUGGAAGCCCUUCUUUGUCUUUGUCCCGACGGGGCCCGAAUCUCCUUUCAUGGGUUCAGGGCUCCCAUCCUUCCGUCGCGUCCCAAGUCCCCCCUUUGAUGCCACCCUUCUGUCCAUCACCCGGCAACUCUGCGGCCAAGGGGCCUUCGAGAUUAAGAAGGCUACGCUGGGGAUGAUUGAGGUCGUUAGCCGGAGGCAGGACCGCCAAGCUGCUAUGGAUGAGGCGAGAAAGGCGGCGGAAGAUAAACAGAGAGAGCUGCAGGAGGAGGUCGCCCACUUCGCAAGAGAGUUGGAGGAGGAAAAGGGUCGCUCUACCGCCCUUGAGACGGAGAAAGCCUCCUUGUCUGCCCGCGUAGCUGAGCUGGAGGGGGAGAAGACCAAUCUGAUUCAGCAGCUGGAGGCGGAGAAGAGUGACCGGGUCCAUCAUGUGGAGGAAGCGAUCGAGUCCUUCAAGUCUUCUCCUGACUUUGAUGCGGUCUCUGUGGAGCGGAUGGACAAGCUGGUAGCCGAAUGGCUCAAAACCGGUCCUAGUGUCCAGUGGAUGUUCAAGGAAGGAAAGAAGUCCUUCAACUGCGGACUCUUUCGCGCUCAGCAGGUUUUCCGCAACAAGCUAGCCCGGCUCCCCAAAGGAUUCUCCUUCCCCGACCUUGGUUUUCCUCCCCCUUGCCGCGCCUUGGCUGAGUUCGACCCCAGUCCUUAUUUGGACGAGGGGAGCUCAAGUGCCUCUGACGAGGAAGAAGAAGAAGUUGCGCUAAAUGACCAAGGUGGGCAGGGCGACCAGGACCCGGGGGCCAACCUAACGACAGCCUGCCUCUUCCCCAAAUCUGUUAACUCCAACGACUGGGGGGGGGGGCUAGACCCCUACGAAUUCUGCCUCCGGUUGCCUCGCCGGCAAUGGCCCUCGGUUAAACCGCUGCCUAUUCCGCCAAAUCCUUAUGACGACUUUAGCGCGGCGUACAAGGCACUUUCAGCCAACCGUCUGCCCAACGGACAGAUUGACUGGGAUGCCCCAUGCCCCACCCACUUAUUGCAUUGUAUGGCUUGGGAGAGCGUGCAGAACGAGCACUUGCCCCUCUUGGAGCAUGAAGGAGCGUACCUCACGAGUCUGGAGCAGUGGACUAGCGAGAGUCGCACCAACUCGCCAGUGCGGCUUAAAGAAGAGGUUGUGGUGGGGGAAGAACUGGAUUCUUCCCUACCACGCCCCACUGGUCGCUCGCCCCCCCAGAAGGCUCCUAGUCGAUCUGGAGCAACUCGAGCGGCUUCAGGGUCUCCAUCCUCAUCUAAGUGAUGCCGAUUGGGGCUCAAAGAAAAGAGAGUCGCCCCCCUCCUUCUCUUGCAGGAGAAGGACGGUGGCUUUUGCUACAGCUAGGGGGCGACCAUCUCUGUUCCAUGUCGGAGAAGAGAGGUGGUCGCUUGUAAGGGUUGGUGAUCGGG